CCCCGAAGCGAGCAGUGGGCGCCAAGGAGAGCCGUCUGUCUGAGGGAGUCCAGAUGUUGAACCUGACGGGACUUGCAAACACCUGCCAUCGACAUUUUUUGCUAGGCUCGCUGGGUCCUCCUGAGAGCGGCCGAACCAAAGUCAAUCGUGGCCUGUCAGUCCUUCGCCCGGCACGCCGACCGCAUGAUCAAAACCUAUCACCUAUCAACCACAUGAUGGGGCUGUGCCACUCGUUGAAUUAUCCAGUCAACAGCAGCCGUUGGAGUUGGGCCUGACCUUCUCUUGCAGCUGGCCACUCAUCUCUCGACCUCGGUGGCCAUCGGCGGUUUUCCCUCCCACUUUCACGUCCCCGCCAAUUCGACGUUCUCCGUAGCCUGCAUGCAACGCUCACCGCCUCUUCGCACCAUCAACCCACCUCAACCCAGAGGUUCACCCUCUCCGCUGUGCUCGCCUCGAGGCGGUCACUCUCUGUAUCUCUUGUCCUUGGACUCUCUCUACGCCCUCUUUCCGGCCACCUCCCUCCUUUCCUGCUUCACGAGGCCAACAGGAAACCUUCACCACGAGACGCCUGUCCUCCGAACGACGAAUCUACGAGGCUGACAAGUCUGACAAAUCCUGUAAUAUGGCGGGCAAUGUCGCCCUGACGGGCGAUGAUCUGGCCUAUGACCUCGAUGCAAGAAGUGCCUCAUUCUUUCACAACCAAGCAUGGCCUUUACAUAUGGACCAAGUAGCUGCUGCGAGGCCCGACCCGAGGAGGAAUGUUUCUCCUAUACAGACCAGUAGCCAUGGCCUGCGACAGACGACAAUGGCAGAGCAUCCCAUGAUGGAUACCUGGAGGUUCCAACAGCACCAACACAAUGUCGACUACUCAAGUCAACAAGCUCAUUAUGGGCUGCACUAUGACACGCAGUUUCAUGCCCUUCCGGUGCACUCUUCGCAACUGAGUAUGAUGGCCGUUUCGCAGGCUCCUCUAUCGACGACGCUCCCCAUCGAACAUUCCUAUAUUCCUCUCGAGUCGGGCAUCGAAGGGAUGCCACACAAUUGGGCCGACUUUCAAAGCGAGUUGAUCAGUUAUGGAACCACGGAUCUUGGACUUGCCGUGUCACCCUACCAACAAUUGACCAGCUCGCCGACAGGAUCCCACUUGGAGGUGUUGUCACAACCGAGUUCCUGUGAUGAACAUGGCUGGACUCUGCUUGAACCUCGAUCCUCCCUGGAAACAUACGAGCGACAUUUCUUCGUUGACCCGAACCAAACCGUCCACAAUCGGACAUGGUCUGAAUCUUCGUACUCGGAUCUCGAGCAGCACAACACUGCCACCUUCAUCUCGAACCUUGACAUCAGUCAUGCUCAAUCCGUCUAUUCCCCGACCACCCUAUCCGACAGUGACCACGAAUAUAUGGGCCAUACCCAUCGGUUGUCAAUAGAGCACGGGUCAGCUCCCGCCACCAGUGUCAACCCUACGGCACUUGUCCGUCCUAUCCCGAUCCCUCCUGCGAAAGCUUCGGCUCCUUCAAUACGUUCUCCCGGUUCUCAAGGUUCGGCGAGCUCGCCAGGCCGGAAAAACUCGAGGAAGAGCCCUAUCGCUGCCAAGUCGACCGACAAGGUAAUGAAGAAGUCUACACAAACCGGAAAGGCAGAUGGAGAGAAACGUGUGGGACGAAGAAAAGGGCCUCUCAGACCUGAACAGCGGAAACAAGCCAGCGAGAUCCGGAAAUUGCGAGCAUGCCUGAGAUGCAAAUUCCUGAAGAAAACAUGUGAUAAAGGAGAGCCUUGUGCUGGCUGCCAACCUUCUCAUGCUCGUCUUUGGCAAGUCCCGUGUACCCGCAUCGACAUCAAAGAAAUAGGCUAUUUCUUGAAGGACUGGAAGUUCGACUAUGAACGUCACAUUUCCCUGGGCUUCUCUGUGGGAAAUAUCAAGGGAUUCUCGGACACAGAGAAGACAUUGUUCAUUACCCACGGCUAUGGGCAUAUGCUGCCUGUCACUGCCCGCGAGGUGUAUGUUAGGGACGAAUCAUGUCUGAAGCUGGACUGGAUCGAGGCAAGCUCUGUCAAGAAAGAUGGCUUUGAAGUGCCUACCGCUAAGCUCUCUGCUGGUAUGGAGGGAAUCUCAACGACCAUGCUCAGUGACUACCUUGACCGUCAUAUUGAUGGCACUGGUACAUUCGAGAAGUUUGUCGACGACUACUUCGAGGGCACUCCCUUUUUGUCCCAAAUGCUCAAGACUGCCUAUCGAUUUUACUUCAAGACAGGGUCUAAGAUCAUCAAGAAGGCCCUCAAGCUGAUGCUUGCAUACAACCUGACGCUUCAUAUCACCAUGGUUGAGGGCCUGCCAGUCGAAGAAUCUUUCACCGGAAAGAUUGACGAGCACGAAUCUAAAUUCUAUGGCAAGACCAUGGCUCCGGUCAUGAUCAACUUCCAGAUCAAGUGUGCAAUGGCUGACAUGUGGCGUGAGUUGCACAAAGACGUGCUGGAGGAAUUGUCCAGCCUCUACUCGAGCGUCUACAGCGGCGAUAAGCUGAAGAACUGGCCGACGAUCUUCAUACUCGCCUCGGUAUUGUUGGCGGUAUGGGAAUGUAUGCAAUUUGACUGCCACUACCGCGUGCCCGAUCCUGCCGCCGUGGACAAGUUCUGCAGCGAUAUGGAGACCACCCCGGUCGGUGUCGUGGUUGGCCUUUUCCAAGCCAUCUCACAAAAGCUUCCAUCAUUCCUUGAAUGGGACACAUCAAGCCACCAUACCCUGCUGGCGUCGAAUGCUGAUGUGUGCGGUACUAUGACCGAAGUGCGCGAACAUGUUACGAAAUAUGAAAACUACCUCCGAGGACGACCCAAUGCCAAAUUUGACCGCAAAGACUUUGACUCACUGUCGAACAAAUUCUUGGCGAAACUAGUUAUUCGAGCGAACUGAUUCUGAUGCGUUUACGGCUGUGAUGAAAAAGCUGAAUUGCAGAUAUAACGAGCGACCGAGAUGUUUGACGAUACCACUCACCGAUUGAUUUUCAUGUUUCCUAACGCGCUCCGAUUGGAUGAAUGACGAACUUGCAUGAAUACAUGGCUCACGACGAUGCACAUCGUUUUUCUGGCGAGAUCUAGUUCUGAAAUACUUGAAUGAUUUCUUUUGUCACACAGCGAAGGUGGGGAACGGACUGCAUGCAAUAGUGAUUGGGAAGGUCAGCGCGUUGAGAGUCAACGGCGCCUUCAGAAGCACUGUGAGAGCAUAUGUUUGCGGUUGUGGUCCAGAAAUAAUGUCAAGCCUGCAUUGGUGGCUCGGUGGGUGGCUGGGUGGAUUGUCAGACGAGAAAUUUGCGUGGCAACACACCAGGUACUUAAAUGAUCCCAUAAGCAAAAAUGACGACUCUCUUUCUCCCAGAUACCUAGUAUGUAACGUUCGCAUGUCUAUGGAAGGAAGAUGGUGCCGUUAGUCG